AUGGGUUUAUCAGUGUUUGGUGCUGAGAACAGAACAGACAUUGCCCUUGAUAUGGCGUUGCUUGGAAUGUGUGGAGGGUUGAUGAGUGAGGAAGGGGGAGGGAGGACGAGACCCCUGCUGCGGCCCGCCGGGCUCGGACCGUUCGUCCUGCCGUGGCUGCCGCUGCCGGCGGCGCUGGGGCGCGGAGUCCAGGCCAGUAGGGCCAGGCCCGCGGCUCGCUGCCCGCCGCUGCCCUCCGCUCGGCGGGGGACGGCCCCGGGGCUCGACGGCUGCGGGGGCUGCCGCGUCUGCGCCGCGGCCGAGGGCGAGGCCUGCGGCGGGGCGCUCGGCCUGCCGUGCGCCGCUCGCGCCCCGGCUUCUCGCCGGUGGGGGGCGGCCGCGUGCGGCGGCGACGGGCGCACCUACCCCAGCCUGUGCGCGCUCCGCGCCGAGAAGCGCGCCGCGCGCUUCCGUGGCGCGCUACCGGCCGCGGCGGUGCGGAAGGGGGACUGUGGAGCCCCAGGGACCAGAAGCGCAGGCUGACUCAGGAGCAAGUACAACUUCAUCGCCGCCGUGAUGGAGACGGUGGCCCCGUCCGUGGUCCACUUACAGCUGUUCCGCGGGUCGCCUCUCAGCAGUGAGGAUAUUCCUGCAUCCAGUGGCUCUAGGUUCAUAGUGUCCGAGGAUGGGCUUAUUGUUACCAAUGCCCACGUCCUCACGAACCAGCAGCGGAUCCAGGUGGAGCUCCAGAGUGGGGUCCAGUAUGAAGCCACUGUCAAGGACAUUGACCAUAAAUUGGAUCUUGCCCUGAUUAAAACUGAGCCAAAUACCGAGCUUCCUGUAUUGCUGCUGGGAAAGUCAUCUGACCUGCGAGCUGGCGAGUUCGUGGUGGCCUUGGGUAGCCUGUUUUCACUGCAGAACAAACACAGUGACGGCAGGCACUGUCAGCACCACAAAGCGGGAGGGCAAGAGCUGGGGCUGAAGGAUUCAGGCACGGACUAUAUCCAGACGGAUGCCAUAAUUAACCAUGGGAAUUCUGGGGGGCCUCUGGUGAAUUUGGAUGUUGAUGUGAUUGGCGUAAACACACUGAAGGUGACCACAGGAAUCUCCUUUGCAAUUCCCUUGGGUCACAUUCGACAGAAAGGAAAGGCUGUUUCACAGAAGAAAUAGCUGGGUCUGCGUAUGCUGCCCAUGACUAUGAACCUGCUUCAGGAAAUGAAAAGGCGAGAUCCACAUUUCCGUGAUGUGACCUCUGGAGUCUUCGUAUAUGAGGUGAUUCAAGGAACAGCUGCUGAAAGCUCUGGGUUGAGAGACCAUGAUGUAAUAGCGUAAACGGACAGCCUGUCCGCGACAACCAACGUGAUUGAAGCUGUUAAGGCCAAUGAUUCCCUUUCUAUCCUGGUUCGUUGGAGAAGUCAGACGUUGGUCCUGACAGUCACACCUGAAAUAAUCCAUUAAGUGUCUUGCUUUAAAAAGAAAUGAUCUAACAAAACCAAAGCUUUAUUACCUGGUUUGUAUUGAAGAUGUGCCAAAGAUGGCAAGGGGUUUUAGGAUCUCUUUCUUAUAAAGGAAAAUGAAUGCUUUAAAACACAUAUACACACACUCUGGAACCAUUAGGUUGGGGGUGUUAUAACUGCUGCUAAGAAGCAUUCCUAAGGCAAGUGGAAGAAGGACACGGUGCCAGGAAGUCUGGGGAGCUGAUAAAAUUUUAUUUAAAGACAGGAAACAACUGAAAACUGGCAGAGCUUCUAGUUUAACCUUGACAAAAAGGACACUUCAGUAUUUAAAAACUUCUCUAUAGCCACAAACUGGAUAUAACACAAACAUACACGAACAAAUAGAUCUAUCUACCAAAUAUUAAGAAACAAACUGAAUCCAGAGUAUAAAGGAAAUCACAUUUUUCAAAAUACUCCUUUAUUCAAAUAGUUUUUCAGGUUGUAUCACAUUUGGCCAGGGUUUGUGAAUACAGAGGAUGGGCAUCACCUAGAAGCCACAUUGAAACUGACAGCUGUGGAUCGUCACAGAGCAAUGUAAAGAUUCUCAGGCUGUCACCUAGCGGUGGAAGCAGCUUUGAUCCCCGUCACCUUUUCUGUGAGAGGGGCUUCUUCGAUAAAAUAGCAAAUUUAAUAACUUCCAGAAUUUUACCUCUUUACCCAAGCUCUUCCUCCUGGAAACAUUAAUGAUGAAUGAUUUUGAGUCUGAAAGCUGCCACAGUUUAUUUUUUAUUUUUAGAGGAAAAUAGCUUUUGAUGGGGCUUGUGAAUAUCCUUAAGGAGAUUUUUUUUUUUUUUUUUUUUUUUGGUGAGAUGAAGCAGGAUUUGUGGUUUGAAAGUAGUAUCUUAUUUGGGGUAAGAUUUCAAUUUUAGUUUAUUUUCCAGAUUUUUCUUAGACUUUUUUUUUUUUUCUUUUUAAAAGGGGGCAUCCUUGAACCCUCUUAAGUUCUAUGCAAAAUUUGAUGUUACUGUGCAUUUUUCUGGGGAGAAGGUCCAGUUUCUUCAUGACCCACAACAAUUUAAAAUAUACUGCCUUAGAGUGUAGAGAUUAUAAAUAAGAAUCUAUCAAUUAUUACUGUUAUAAAGAAGGUUAAGGUCAACAUGGUACAGAACUUUCAGGACAAAACAGAAUAAUCUGUUUUAACUUUUACAUAAUUACCACCAUUUAAUACCGUAAGGACAGUGGUCAUAUUAAUCAGAGAUAAUAAAGCUGAAACUCUUAGGAAAACUUCAUAAUGAUAGAGCAUAUUCAGAGU